AAAGCUGUGCUAAUGGAACUCAAAGCCGACAUCGCACUUGCGAUUACUCGCCUCCCACCGCUCCACAUGGCAAACCGUGCAGUGGUUCCUUAGAUGAAACCAUAAGAUGCAAUACAGAAAAAUGUCCAAUUGCUGGUCACUGGUCGAACUGGAAAAACUUCACUGCGUGCAGUGUGACCUGUGCUUGCGGCACGCUUACAAGGAUUAGAACCUGCAUAUUCGAUGAUCCGGAAGCACCCCAUGGUUCGGAGUGCUUCGGGAACACCACGGAAACAUAUAACUGCAACACGCAGACGUGCCCAGCUGCUUCACAGAAGAAAGGCUUGUCCGCAUAUGCGCCUUUCUUCCUGUGCGAUGACUUCAGGGUGCUCAACAACAUGUCUUGGUGGUACGGCUGGGAAGACGCCUUAAACCUAUAUAACCAGUACGUCACUAACAAAUGCCCCAGCCCGCAGGCUCACAUGCCAGAGUUCGUCCCAAUGAUCUGGAGCAUGCAUAGCAACAACGUCUCCAGGUGGAUCCACAUACCUAGCAACUCGAAAUACGUGCUUGGUUUCAACGAACCGGAUGUGCGCGAUCAGGCGAACAUGACCCCACAGGAAGCAGCAGCUUACUGGCCCCUAAUUGAGCAAGCUGCUGGAGGCAUACCACUCGUGGCCCCAGCUCCGGCAGCCCAGAAUUUUCAUUGGCUAGAUCAGUUUUUGCAUUUAUGCCACAAUUGUCGCAUUGACUACCUAGCUGCGCAUGCGUACAGUUGUAACGCAGACGAGAUAAUGGCGUAUCUACAGAAGCUCUACAAUCGCUACCACAAGCAAAUUUGGGUGACGGAGUUCGGCUGCGCAUAUAUGGCAGACGAGGAUUCGCAGCUGCGUCUGAUGCAGGCAUUACUUCCAAGGUUGGAGGCGGCAAACUAUGUUUUCAGAUACUCGUGGUUCAUGGCUCGGGUCAAGGACGAUGCUGUGGGCGGGUUCGUGCGCACGUCCAUGAGUCUACUUGCCCGGGAUUCCCCUACCCUGACGCGUCUCGGACAUUUCUAUAACGAGUUCCAGUCCGGACAAGGCAGCGUUCCCGUUGGUUAACAGCGUCCACUGUUGUUGUUAUUUAUAAUAUGUGUCGUGUUUUGAGAAAACUGGGCAUAAUGCAUGUGCGUAAAGUGUCGUCUCAGAUUAGCCUGUGCAGUCCGCACAGGCUAAUUAGGGACGAAACUUUCAGCUUGAAUAGUAUUUUUCGUUUAAAGGAAGUCCCUUUUUACCGAAAAUCUAGUUUCAGCGAAAAGUGUCGUCCCUGAUUAGCCUGUGCGGACUGCACAGACUAAUCUGAGACGACACUUUACGUACAUGCAUUAAGCCCAGUCUUCUCAGAACAAGGCUCAUAACAUUACGAUAAUACUUUAGUUACUACUCAUGUCUUUACAGCGAAAGAUAAUUUGACACAUGCAGCUUCCGUUUACCUAAUUCUGAUGAGUUGUCGUUUUGUUUGUUCACAACCAUUUCUAAAGCAGCAACUUAACUAAUAAAAUGUUGUAAAACUG